AAAAAAAAAAAAAGUGUGAAGAAGCUCAAACGUAGCGCUGCAUCCAGGGGAGCUCCCGGAUCUGAAUUGUGCCACCAAACAGCUCGGAGCUGAUGGGACCAACGUCCCCUUAAUCGCCCGGCCCUAAUUGCUCUCCAUUGCUUUCCUCAAUGGAUCGAUGCAUUUUGCUGAACUGAAUGUGUUGGCUGCUGAAUCCAUGGGGAUGGGAUGGGAUGGGAUGGGAUGGGAUGGGGAUGAUUCUCAGCCCCAUGGCCUCAGCUCUGCUUUCUCUUUCCCCACAGCUGACGGCGGGACCCCAGGUGCCACCCAAGGACUGGGACAUCCCCAACCCAACUGCAGUCUGCGGUCCCCAGAGCAAACUCAUGAGGAAGGUCUGAGCCGGACCCCCACCCUCCGCCACCUCCCGGGGACAAAGCAAUGGACGCUGCGGCCGUGCGGAGCCAGGAUGCCCCGCUGACGGUCAAUGAGCAGGUCAUCGUCAUGUCCGGCCAUGAAACCAUCCGUGUGCUGGAGGUCGGUGUGGACGCGGCACCUCAAGGCGAGGAGGAGCGCAGAGCAGCGGCGGUGCCACCAGGAGGCAGCGACCUGCAGGAAUCCCCGGCACGGGAUGCCGGCACCGAGGAUGGGCAGCCCGGCACCGAAACGCAGCGCGGCACAGAGACGGCAGGCAAAGCCAAGCCUCCAACCGGAGCCCCCGCCGGCACAACGGGCACCGUGAGCCCCUCCAGCAGCCAACAGCCGCAGCCCCUGGCCCCGCUGGCCGUGCAAGCAGCCCCGCAGGUCUUGACUCAGGAAAACUUAGCAACAGUUGUGACAGGAGUAAUGGUUCCGGCAGGGACAGUUACUCAACCUCUUCUUAUCCCCAUCAGUAUUGCAGGUCAAGUGGCAGGUCAGCAGGGGCUGGCUGUGUGGACAUUUCCUACAGCAACGGUCGCUGCCCUUCCCGGACUGACGGCUGCUUCUCCUACAGGGGGAAUUUUCAAACCGCCUAUAGCCAAUCUGCAAGCCGCCGCCGCCGUCCUCAACACGGCCAUCCCGGCCCCGCUGCCCCCCGCUCAGCCCCGGCCCCCCCCGCAACCGCAGAGCUCGUACCCCUCCCAGCCCCCCCCCAUCCUACCGCAACCCAACGCCGCUCCCGCAGCGAAACCGCUGGAGACGCAGCCCCAGAUCGCGGUGCAGCCAGCCGGAUUCGCCUUUAACCCGGGCAUAAUCGGUGCCGCUUCCCUGGGGGGUCAGACGCAGCUCCUCGGUUCUCUGGCGGCCGCCCCCGUGAUCGCCAACACCAUCCCCAGCGUGCAGAGCAUCGCGGGGCAGCUCCUGACCAACGCGCAGGGACAGGUGAUCGGGACCCUCCCCUGGGUUGUGAACCCCCCCGGCAUCGCGGCGGCCAGCCCGGCUCCCACCCCCAGCCUGCAGGUGCAGGCGGUGACCCCGCAGCUGCUGCUCAAUGCCCAGGGCCAGGUGAUCGCCACGUUGGCCAGCGGAACCAUCCAGGCGGCCACGGGCAAAAAGAGCGGCCCCCCCGAGACCCCCAGCAAGAGCGAGGUGAGCGCCGGGCAUGGGGAGGGGGUCCUGAAAAAUCAUGGAACCACAGGAUGGUUGGGUUGGUGGCCCCGCAGGUUCGAGAAGCUCGACAUCACCCCUAAAAGCGCUCAGAAGCUGAAGCCGGUGCUGGAGAAAUGGCUGAGCGAAGCGGAGCUGCGCAACCAGGAGGGCCAGCAGAACCUGAUGGAGUUCGUUGGCGGGGAGCCGUCCAAGAAACGCAAGCGCCGCACGUCCUUCACCCCGCAGGCCAUCGAGGCGCUCAACGCCUACUUCGAGAAGAACGCGCUGCCCACGGGCCAGGAGAUCACCGAGAUCGCCAAGGAGCUCAACUACGACCGCGAGGUCGUCCGCGUGUGGUUCUGCAACCGCCGCCAGACGCUGAAGAACACGAGCAAACUCAACGUCUUUCAGAUCCCCUAAGGAUGGGGGUCCCC